AUGAAUGCUGAUUUACAAAAGGCUGUUUUACUAAAUGACUUGAAGUUAGUUCAAAAAUAUAUCGAUAAAGGUAUUGAUGUUAAUGAUGUGGAUGAGAAUGGUACUUCAGUGUUACAUUUAGCAAGUUUUUUUGGAUUUACGUCGAUUGUAAAUGCGCUCAUUAAUGCACAUGCAAGAAUUGAUUUACGUGAUCGAGAAUGGUUCACUCCACUUCAAAGAGCGUGCAUUCAUGACCGUUCAGAAACUGUUAGAUUGUUAAUUAGUCGCGGUGCGAAAGUAAAUACUGCCACAAAGCAGUUUAUGACAUCGUUACAUAUUUGUGCACAAUCGAAUUCACUGAAUUGCGCUGAAGUGAUAGUUAACCACUGUGAUUCAAUCAUUGAUCGAUCUGACUGGGCUGGUUCUACACCGCUCCACUAUGCAGCAUUCUUUGGAAGCAUUGGGUUCGUCAAGUUUCUACUGCUAAGAGGUGCAAAUCCAAAUAUUAGAAAUAAACAAGGUAUGACUGCAGCACAUAUGGCAGCUUAUAGCGGUUAUGACGAAAUUCUCAGGGUGCUUUUUAGAAAUGGUGUUGAUUUUCAAUCACGUGAUAAUCGCUUGAGAACUGUACUACACUACGCAUCACUGUCUACCAACAUGAAUUCUGUAAGGUUUCUAGUAGAAAGUACGUCAGUACCCUUAGAUAGUCAAUGCUCCGAAGGUUUUACACCUUUGCACUACGCUGUCAUUUGGGGGUGUAGUCGAAAUGCCGAAAUUUUGAUCAAGAGAGGAGCUCAUCCUUUUAUGCCAAGCUACGGCAGUAAUUACAUACCUCUUCAUAUUGCUGCUGGUUUCACUGAAGGUACAGUACCCUGUGAAUUAUUACUCGAUGUUACUCGUAACCUUGCUGAUCAAUCAGCAGAUGGUAGUACAGCUUUACAUUUUGCUUGUGAACAUGGUCGAAUAGCUCGUACAAAAAUAUUAUUAGCCAGAAGAGUACCAGUGAAUAUUUUUACCGAGCAUGGUCUUACACCUCUUCAUAUGGCAUGCAGACAUGGUCAUGAUCUUAUUGUCAAGCAUCUUCUAGCUGCCGGAGCGGAUUGCAACUUAAAAACUAAAACCGGUCUUACAGCAGUACAUCUAGCUGCGUUUCAUGGUCACGUAUCUGUGAUAAGAACACUGUAUUUAAACGGAGCAGACAUUGAAGCAGUCGAUAAUUUUGGACGAACAGCUCUGCAUGUUGCUACGCAAUCUGCAAGUACUAACAGUGAAUUUAUGAUCGACUAUUUGUUAACGACUAGUAUAUCGCCUUCAAAAGUUGAUCAUAGAAAUUGUUCAGCAUUACAUUAUGCUGCACGAAGCGGAUUCUUUAAUGCUAUUCAAAAAUUAUUGGGAGCAGGUGCACGUGCAUGUCAGCAGGAUAUGUUUGGAUUCACUCCACUGCACUAUGCUGUUCAGUCCCCAGCAGAUCUCGCUCUAGUUAGUACUAAGGUGUUGUUACGAGCUGAUUGUACAGUGGCACAAAUCAGGGAUAAAUCAGGUUUUCUUCCCGUCCAUUAUGCUGUAAAAGCGGGCAAUUUAGAUACAACUUUACUUUUAGCAGAUGUAGUGACCGAUGUGACAGUUCCAUCAUCAAGUCAUCCUUAUCACCUCAGUUUGUAUCACAUAGCGGCAAAUUAUAAUCACCCUCAUCUGUUGCAAAAAUUGUUGGCUUUUUUUCAUGCUCGUUCGAUGAUGGCUGAAGAACCAAUAGCAAGAGUUGGUGUUACUAUAGGUCUUGAAACGGAUUCACUUGAACGACUUCCUAUUCACUAUGCUAUGGCUCGCGGUCAUGAGAAAUGUGUAGAUAUACUUUUACGAACUGCAAUUCGAAAGCAAGCAUUGUUGAAAAAAGAUUGUUUUGGUAUGACGGCAGUACAUGCUGCUGCCGCAUGUGGAAGAAUUGUUUGUAUUACUCUUGCUGUCGAACUACUUAGAGAAGAAGAAAUAAAUGUUCUAGAUUCUCUCUUAAGGACACCAAUAAUGCUUUCUAUUUCAAAUGGUUUUUUGGAUUGUUUUCUCGCGCUGUUACCAAAAAGUGAUGUCACAUUAUUUGAUAAAAAUGGACGUGGUUUCAUGCAUAGAGCAUGUAGCUUAAGAAAUGAAAUUUUAUGCAAGGAAUUAAUACAGAAAGGAGCUGAUUUCAAAUCAAUGGAUUGUAAUGGUGUGACUCCUUUUCAUAUUGCAGCCAGAUCAGGGGAUUCAGCUACUGUCAAAUAUUUAAUAGCAAAUGGUGUAGCAGAAACAUCGGAUUCAUCUGGAUUAACUCCUUUUGACUGGGCUGCUGUUGCAGGUAACGAAUCUAUCCUUCACAUUAUUCAGGAGCGUGACCAGAACAAAAAUAGAAGUCUAGCCUUUUUGUUGGCAGCAUCUUGUGGACGCAUUAUGGAAUCUGAGUUUAUCUUGCGAUUAAAUCCACACUAUAUUAAAACGUUUGAUACUCAUGGUCGUACAGCAUUACAUCUGGCAGCUCGAAAUGGUCAUUGUAGACUAUCAUCUACUCUGCUCUUAGCUGGUGCAGACCCUUCAACUGUUGAUAAUUAUCGUGUAACACCAUUGAUGGCUGCUGCUAGUUGUCCAGAUCCUAAUAAUGCAUUAGAAAUAGUUGGUUUACUGGUUGAACAAGGUGCAUAUUUGGAUGCUCGAGAUCUGAAAGGCAAUACAGUUUUUCAUUAUGCUUGUAUUGCUGGUAAUGAAAUGAGUGCGCAUCAUUUACUAAGGCAAAUGAAGUCAAUACCAGUGAGUGACCAAGCAGAUCAUAUUAUCAACGCACAAAAUCAUCGAAAACAAACUAUGCUACAUUUGGCUUGCAGAGCAGGAAUGACGACUCUCGUUGAGGACAUAUUAGAAUUAUCAACUUACUCUUUAUCCUUAAUGGAUGAUAAAGGACGUAUACCACUAAUUGCACCAAUUGAAAAUGAGGCUGUAGCUGACUGCAUGUUGUAUAUGUUAGAUACCUUUGUUGGAGCAUUGAGAACAGAUGGAUUUCUGGAAACUAUUCGGAAUUUCCGGGAAACUGGACAAGUAGAGCCUCAUAUACAGUGUCCACCAGUCUCUGGGAAGGUGCAAGUUGAACGAGAAGGUGAUUUUUUCUAA